CGCUCUCGCGCGCGCUUCAUCAAGCGAAGGCUGCAAAGCACAUUGACCUUACAAAGGCCAAAAUACCGAUGCGCCUAAUACGCUUAGGCCAAAUGGUUAAACCCAAAAUUAAGGCUAACAAUUAAAUAAGUUUCUGUUACAAACCGCAAGCACCUUGGAUCUGGGUCAUCUUACUUAUACUGAGGCUAAAGGUCUCGUCUUUGGAGUCGUCUUCUCCCACGGCGAUGAGCAGCCCAUGCAUGGAACUUCGAAACCCUGCUUAUCACCAUUAAUCGAGCUUCAUCACGCGGCAAUAAAGCACUUCAAAGAUCUCAAGUGAACAACUAUGAAUCAAAUUGGAUUAAUUGACACACCAAAUCGAAGUAGGUAGCCAUACAUAGUUACGAGUCGAGGGAACAAAAUUAGUCAUUUAUCUUCGCCACCGCCAUUAAUUUACUCAGAUGAGUCCGCCAUUGCGAAUUUGCCGCACCCAUCUGAGCCCAAACGAUAAAUAAUAGAAAGAAAGGCUAAAUAAUAAUAAAAAGGAAAGGUUUUGAAGUGAAAAGGAAUUGCAUAUCCGAAGCUGCAAAAAAUUGGGCUUCCCUCCUCGAUUACGUUUUCCAUUUCCCGCCGGAUCGAUUAAAAAACCAUGGAAGGUGGAUCCGUUCACCGGUGACUUUGAGUUUGAGCCCAUCUCUAGCUCCGACUUGGGCGAAGCGGCAUAGCCCCUUGGACUCGCUUCGCUGCCCACGACACGUUAACGUUACUGUUCACCCCCAUCUUUCUUUCUUUCUCUCUCUGCGUUCUCUCUCUCUCUCUCUCUCUCUCUCUCUCUCUCUCUCUCGAUUUCCAGGCGGAACGCAGACGAAACUUCUCUCUCCUUGGAGGUCAAUAGGCUGAAAAGAAAAAAGAGAAAAAAGGGGGAAGCGGUGGCUCCGGCUCCAGGUGCAGGGGUCGCCUUCUAUGCGAUCCAAUCUGGCCCAAUUAUCCUCCGUGAGUUCUUUCGAUGCAAAUUAGGGUUUUUCUUGCUUCGUUUCGGUCCUUGGAAUUCGCUAUAUCUCUCUCUCCGUGAUCAAUAUCGCAGUUUGGAUCCUUGCCGGAAUUUAGGGUUGAUUUCUGGGUCACGGGAGCAAGAUGAUUAUCAAGCGAAGCCUGCAGGGGCAAAUGCCGAGCCUGAAGCGGUGCAAGGCGGAUUGCGGCGGCGAGGGCGAUGGAGAUGGGGCGGCCGUAAGCCGACGGAAAAAGCGGAGGGUUGAUAGCUUCUUUCCGCUCGAGAUUUUAGCCGAAAUCGGCAUUUCAGUGGGGCUGCCUUACCUGCCCGAAGAGUUCCGUCGGAGUUUCUGCAGAGAGGUGUCAUUCUUCCCCGGCGAGGCGGAGCUUGAGGCAGCGGAAGCCUUGCGGUUGGUUCCGAUUCCGGCGACGGCGCCGCCUGCUCCGUCAACGCCGAUUGUACGAACGUCCCGGGGACGGAUGCUGGUGCUCCCUUCCCGAUUCAAUGACUCAGUCCUCACUGACCCAUGUAAGAAAGAGAAACCCAAGUUCAAAGCACCGGAUUCUGAAUUAGAUACAGCAGCUAAACCGGCGGAGCGUAAAAAAGAGAACUUUGGUUAUAAAGGAAACGGUUUUAUAAACCCUGUGGAAGUAAACUCCCUUGCAUUGAUUAGGGAAGAGGAAUGCUAUAGGGCGUGCAGAAACUUCAGAGUGAGGAAGUAUUCGACAUCGCGAAGCACUCUCACAUCUCUCUAUGAAGCUUUUGUAUGUUUGGAGGAGCGUUUUCCGCCUCCAAUCGUUUGUGCUGAAGCUCCUACGGGCUUUUAUCCUGAACGAGCGACUGAGGAGCGUAGUUUGCCCGCAGACAGAGCUGAACGAAGGCAGGAUUAUUUUUUCCCAGAGGAUUUUCAUUUGGGGGAUGUACUUUGGGCGAAGUCGGGGAAGAAGUAUCCUGUUUGGCCUGCCAUUGUCAUCAAUCCAAUUCAACAAGCUCCUGCUAUGGUCCUCAAUUCCCGCAUUGCCGGAGCUCUUUGUGUGAUGUUUUUUGGGUUCUCUGGUGAAGAAAGGGAUUAUGGAUGGGUUAAACAAGGGAUGUUAUUUCCAUUCAUGGAAUAUUUAGAUAGGUUCCAAGGCCAGACACAACUUUACAGAAGCAGUCCCUCUGAAUUUCGCAUGGCUAUCGAUGAGGCAUUCUUAGCUGAGCAUGGCUUCCUAGGAGCUGAGGUUGAUGAAAUGAGUUCGGGUGGACAAAUGGAAAACAGCCAAUCCAUGCCCAGAGGGAUCCAAGAAGCUACCGAUUCAAACCAUGACUUGGAAUGCCAGUCACAGAUGCAGUCAGGAGACAAAUUGGGGCUUAGAUGUGAAAGUUGUGGAUUGACUUUUCCAUUAAAAAACACAAAGAAUAUGAAGCAGAUAUCAGAACAGUUGAUCUGCAGACACUGUGCAAAGCUAUUGAGGUCAAAACAAUACUGUGGCAUUUGCAAGAAGAUAUGGCGUCACUCAGAUAGUGGGAGUUGGGUUUGCUGUGAUGGAUGCCAAGUCUGGGUUCAUGCGGAAUGUGACAAAAUUUGUUGCAAUCUUAAGGAUAUUGAAAAUACUAACUACUAUUGUCCGGAGUGCAAGCCAAAAUUUAACUAUGAAUCAGCAAAUGCUCAUAAGAAGAUUUCGCAAGUCAGAUAUGAUAACAAUGGCCGGGUAGAGAUGAAACCUGGCCAGGUAGCUGUAAUUUGUUCAGGUGUGGAAGGGACAUACUUCCCAGAGCAGCACAUGGUAUCAUGCCAUUGUGGCCUUUGCAAGUCGCAGAAGAUAACAUUAACAGAAUGGGAGCGGCAUACUGGUUGCAAAACGAAAAACUGGAAGAGUAGCGUCAAGGUCAAAAGUAAAAUGCUAUCACUUGGAAAAUGGUUGGAUCAAUACAAUGCACUCUUUCCAAACAAUGCGAAGCGCCCAUCUCCAAAAGUGAGAAAACAGAAACUACUUGAUUUCUUACAAGAAUAUGAACCAAUAUAUGCUAAAUGGACAACAGAGCGAUGUGCAAUCUGCAGAUGGGUUGAGGAUUGGGACUACAAUAAAAUUAUUAUCUGUAAUAGGUGCCAAAUAGCUGUCCAUCAAGAAUGCUAUGGAGCAAGAAACAUUCGGGAUUUCACAUCUUGGGUUUGCAGAGCCUGCGAAACGCCUCAGUAUACACGGGAAUGUUGUCUUUGCCCUGUAAAAGGUGGUGCUCUUAAGCCAACAGAAAUUGAAGAACUCUGGGUUCAUGUAACGUGUGCCUGGUUUCAACCUGAAGUAUCUUUCUCAAGUGGUGAAAAGAUGGAGCCUGCUGUUGGUAUUUUGAAUGUCCCAUUGCAGUCUUUGGCAAAGACAUGUUCGAUAUGUAAGCAGAUGCAUGGUUCUUGUACACAGUGCUACAAAUGCUCUACUUAUUAUCAUGCUAUGUGUGCAUCCAGAGCAGGAUAUCAAAUGGAGUUGCACUGCUUGGAGAAAAAUAGGAAACAAGUAACCAAAAUGGUCUCAUACUGCUUGCAGCACAGGCCACCAAAUCCAGAUAAUGUAUUAAUCAUACACACUCCUCAUGGAGUCUUCUCAGCCAGAGGCUUGCUCCGAAAAAAAGACAAGAAAAAUGGUUCAAGGCUGAUUAGGAAAGAAAACAAUGAGGAUGCAACCAUUGUAAAUACUCUUAUUUCUGAAGCUUCUUCUGCUGCUAGGUGCCGGAUCUAUAAGAAGGUUGAUUAUAAGAGGAAGCAAAAAGAACCCAUCGCUCAUCGUCUUAUGGGACCUCGCCAUCAUCCCUUAAAUGAAAUUCAGAGAUUGAAUGCACCUAAGGAGGAGAGGGAUCCUAAUUCAUUUUCUUCAUUCAGAGAGCGUCUUUACUACUUACAGUCAACGGAAAAUAGCAGGGUCUGCUUUGGAAGAUCUGGAAUACAUGGAUGGGGUUUGCUUGCUCGCAGGAAUAUUCAAGAAGGAGAAAUGGUUCUCGAGUAUCGUGGUGAGCAAGUGAGGGGUAGUGUUGCUGAUCUGAGAGAGGCUCACUACCGAUUAGAAGGGAAGGAUUGCUACUUGUUCAAGAUAAGUGAAGAGGUUGUGGUUGAUGCUACAGAUAAAGGAAACCUAGCACGGUUAAUCAAUCACUCAUGCAUGCCCAACUGCUAUGCAAGGAUAAUGAGCGUGGGAAACGACGAGAGCAGGAUUGUUCUCAUUGCCAAGACUAAUGUUUCUGCAGGCGACGAGCUAACGUAUGAUUAUCUGUUUGAUCCCGAUGAAGCUGAAGAAUGCAAAGUUCCAUGCCUUUGCAAUUCUUCCAACUGCCGGAAGUUCAUGAAUUAGGCAGCUUUACAGACAGUUGAUUUUUUUCAUACACGGGUGCAAGUCUGCCCUCCUUCGACAUUGAGGCUUCUCCUUCCGACACAAAUUGAUGAGUUUAUUUUUUUAUUUUUCCAAUUUUUUUCAAUAAGUUUUUCACUUUCUUCCAAAGAAAAAGGCUUUUGGCAAACUUAUUGCAUUAGGAUAUAGGCACACAGAAAUGGUGCUUCUGCUGUAAAUAUGUUUCCUUGUCUUUGUAACCAGUUACGAUCAUUAAUCAAACUUCCACAUAUUAUCAUUUACUCAGAAGCUAGCCUUUGUUUCUGCUGUAAUUUUCUUUU